GUGUUUAAAGAUCGACUAUGGAGAUUACAUUUGAUCUUCAUGGAACGUGAGUUAUCGCUCAAGUAUCUCUGCACGCAUAUCUCACGAUCUAGGUAUUCCAUAGAUCUUUCAUGCUUCAUCAAAAUUUGCUAAUCUACAUCUCCCAUCACGUUUCCUGUAUAACAGGAAGCUGAUUUUCAUUCUUAUCAGAUUGAAGUUUCAAUUUCAAUAGUUCAAAUUAAACAAGACUAAGUCGAGAACAUUUAUCUAGGAUGUUCUAAGCAAACUAAGGCACGCGCUUUCGUCGACUCGUUAAUUCGGAAACAAAUAGCCCUUCUCAACCAAGGACUUGGAUAAAAUAGUAAACACAUAGUAAACAUCUAUAAUCAGUAGAAGACUUUGAUAAGAAUUAUCAAUAAUUUGAACUACUUCAUUCUGUGUAAUGAAUAAAUAGAAAAAGAAAUAAGAGGUGUAUGGGUUCACAGUUUAGUCUGUUCCUGAGCUCUCAUUCUACCAGCAGAAUCGAUUAACCGGUUCAAUUUGUACUCAAACAGCUAAUCUUCUUUGCGCUGUCCUCUGCUUCACGUUCAAAGGAGUGAAGUUGAGUUGAGAGUCACAGGAGCCCGGUGAACGCUGGUGGUAGGGAAUAGAAGUAGUAAGGGGGCCUGAAAGGGAGCCCGAUGGAAGGUCGGCACAGGAAGAAGGAGAAACGUAAGAAAGAACGGAACGCAUCUAAAUGCUGGACUGUUCGACGUCGCUCUGAGAAAGGUACGAGUGAGGACGGGGGAAAAGAGGGUAGUGUUGGAACCAGGCUGGUGUCUCAAUCAGCCAAGCAGGUUGGGGCACCAUGGACCACUGUGGGUGGAGGAUAGAGCUAGCAAUGGCAGUGAAACGACCUUGCGAUGGGAACAAGUUUUUCUCUGUAGUAAAUCCUGGUCUGAUCAGGACUUAAGUCUAUCAGUAGUCCUUUCGGUCCCGGGCCAGUGGCGAGUAGCAGGGAGGGGGGAAAAGAGCGGCGCGCGCAACUUCUCGACACAGCGGGGCAAGCCGUCACAACUCAAUCUAGUGUCUCGGUAAUCGUGCAAGAGGAAGGAGGUUUUUUCUUUUCUCUCUUUCUGAACAGUGUGUUAUAAUUCUUGACACGGAAUCGCAGUUUUCAUUGGUGGAUUAGCUUGUACCUAGAAUCCUAAGCUACAUCUAUCUCUGCUGUUGGAACAAUGUGAUUGUUUGCAAGCAUACGCCGGUCGAGACGUUUCAAUGUUUGCCCUCGUGUUUGUUCGAAAUGAGAUUUAAACCGGAGUGCAAAGUAAAGUUGAUCAUCACUGAGGGUCUAUAGGGCUGGCCAUCUGUCCCUCGUUGCCACGUCUGCGACGUCUUGGUGGUCCAUUUUGGGGCUGGUGCGCAACAGCAUCGGCACUAGCGCUGGCAAUGAAGCGCUCUCAGGUAGAAUCUGCCCUCCUCCGUCUUCCCCCCCCUCCACUUCUUUCUCUCACUAUCGUGUGCACGCUGACGCACGUGCUCUCUUUCACCCCCUCCCUUAUACGCUCGUUUCUUUUUUACUGGUAUCAGUUGAAAGCAGUGGAGAGACAGUAGUAGAGCGGGAGAACGUUCAACCGUGUUAUUCUGAUAGAAAUCCUAACGGAAUCCGCAAGCAUUUCGUCGCGUGGAGUACAAUGCCCGGAUUAGAAUUUAUAUUGUAAAUGAAAAUAUAUCAUCGAGUAUGUAACAGCAUAUGAAACACUCGUUCGAUAAACAUGCCACUAUCAAAUUACUGAGAAUACAAAGCUAUCCUCGCAGGGUUCUGUGAAUGAAAAUUAUGCACGCAGUAGGAUAAAUAAACAAUUAUCAGAAAGAUGUCACGUUGGUUCGAUCUGUCGAGCAUGCUCCUAAUGGGUAUGGUGUUGAUUAGUUCAAUAGUGUGGAAUGCGGCUAAAAGUUCGAUCAUGAGAUGCGAGGACGCGAAACUAAAAUGUGCUUACAGAAUAGGCUGUGGUACUGCUCUACAGCACUAUCUUACGGGCUGUGCACCCGUUCUCCAAGGCAAUGAUUGUUCUGAGACCUGCCAACAUGCCCUUAUUGCUCUUACAAGCACCGAUGAGGGCAAAGAACUUAUGACAUGCGAAUGCGAAGACGAGUUGUGCCUGCAGUCAAAACAGAGAGUAGAAAUAUGCAGAUCCUCGGUGACAAUGGCAAUGAACAGGACAAAAGUGUCCUGUAGAAUAGCAACAUGGAUUUGUAAUGCGGAUGCUCUUUGUCAAACUGCACUUGCAUAUUAUAAUAGAUUCUGCAAGAGCAUGUUCCAAGGACGAAAAUGUACCAGACGGUGUAGGAAUUCGAUAAAUAUUUUAACGAGACAAGAAAAGGCUGCGAAAUUAAAUACAUGCCAAUGUGAUGGUUUUGAGGAGUAUGACUGCAAGGGAAUUCAUCGAAAUAUGAAUCUCUUGUGUUUUGGAAAGAUCCACCAUGGUUACCGAGAUGUGAACGUCGAUGACGAUAAAAGGAAUGAAUUUCUACGACCAAAUAUAAGUCUUAGAGGAGACGGUGUUCAAACACUUAUCGACAGACGGUUAUUUUUACUUAUUUUUAUAAUUUAUUAUAUAUUUAAAAUAAGACAAGGCAAGUGUACCUAAUUGUAUCAUUAAUAAUUUGUAAAUUUUUAGUGUACAUAACAGUAAUUAAUAUUUUACUUAUAUAUUUGUUUCAGACUGAUGAUCCAGAAAAAAAAAGACAGAAAAAUCUCCAAAAAGAUAACAGUAUUUCAUGAAACCAAUUACCAAAGAUCUUUAUCAAUUUUCUUAACCAUCAAUUUGAACAAUAAUGAAUUACUUGUAUUUUAUUAAUAAUUUAGAAACUUCAUUGUCGUACCGAAGAGCUGAAUUUUCUAUUAAAUUUUCCGGUUUUUUUUUGAUAAAAUUUUGUACAAACGACAAAAUAGAAAAUAGGGGAAGAAUCUUGUACAGUAGAAACAUUGUAUAGUGUAUUAUAGCAAAUGUAACUGAAUGAUUCGUUACAAGUAUUUAGUUAUAAAUGAAUUUUAUUUAUGAAGGCAUAAUCAUGUAAAUAUCUACACGCCAGAAGAUGAUGUUCUUGUUUCUUUUCCUGAGUACUUGGAUAUGUGGUCAAUUCAAUUUUUAAUUACACAUCAUUAAUACUUCAUUAAUAUUUCAGAUAUAAAAAAGCUUAAAAGACUGUUAUAAUAUAAAAUGAAAAUGGAUAUAAAUUAUUUACUAUGUAAUUAAAUAUAAAUAUUUGCUCAAUUAGCAUUCUGAAUGGUAAAUUCACAGAGGCUUUAAAUCUGUGUUCAAAUAUUAGAUAUUAUUGACAAUAAUGAAGAUUAAUGUUUAUUGUGUAAAUAAAGUAUAUAAUAAGCGUAUGUAUAAUUGUAAAA